UGAAGCCAAAAGCAUGCAAUUAUGGUGGAGUUAAAGAAAGAAUUAAUUUGUAUAUUUUAUUUUAUUUUUCUUAAUAUCAAAACAGUUAAAUUAGUGUGAGGAUGUGUUAAUACUCAUUCAAAAUUAACCCCAUUCUUUAUUUGCCUCUACAUAAUAACUUGUAAACCCACUAAAAAACAAUUUUCGUAUCUUCUCAAAUAAUAUCAGACCGAGGCAGUUUCAAAAAUCAAGUUUCAAAUUAUUAAUAUAUAUAAAGAUGGUGAGGCCUUCUUCUUGUGAAAAGGCCAACUUGAAAGGGGGUCUUUGGUCUGAAGAGGAAGAUGCAAGAAUGCUUGAAUAUGUAUCUAAACAUGGAAAAGCCAAGUGGACCUCUGUGCCUAAAGGAGCAGGACUUAGAAGAUGUGGGAAGAGUUGUAGACUUAGAUGGAAUAAUCAUCUGAGGCCUGAUCUCAACCAUGAGAGCUUCACACCCAAAGAAGAAGAACUCAUUGUGAAGCUUCAUGCAGCCAUUGGAAGCAGGUGGUCUAUGAUAGCUCAACAACUUCCAGGAAGAACAGACAAUGAUGUGAAGAACUACUGGAACACUAAGCUGAGAAAGAAGCUGUCUGAGAUGGGGAUCGACCCAGUGACUCACAAGCCUUUCUCUCAAAUCAUAGCUGACUAUGGAAAUGUGGGUGGCCUCCCAAAGACCGGCAUGAGAAUCGGUUCCCUCAACAAAGACCUAAAGAAUGCAAUCCUUAUGAAGAUGGAUCCAAAAGGCUCACUCUCACCACUGCCAAAUACAACCACAACCAGACAUUUCAUGCUAACUCAUCAAGCAACCACAACAAUAAUGACUACCAAUAUUGCACCCAAAACAGAACCAGCACUAGACAGAUUUUUAUCAAACGACAACAAUAUUUCAUCAAACGACAUCUCAUCAGUCGAUCUUCUUUCCCAGCUCCAAGCCAUAAAGUUGGUCAGUACUGAAGCUUCAAACUACAAACCCAAUAAUUAUGAAUCUUCAUUAUUGCCUUGUUUCUACCCAGAAGCAACAUUUUCUUCACCCUCAUCAUCAUCUUCAUCCAGUACCCAAGAGAUGCCACCUCUAGCUGGUGUAGCCAGCUUCAAUUGGAAUGACUUUCUUCUUGAAGAUGCAUUUUUACCAAAUGAUCAAGCUCAAGAACAUGAGACAUCAAUGGCUGAGUUGAUGAAUUAUUCUUGUUCACAGAAUGAUCUAAGCCAAAAUCAGAGUGAAGGAUCUAAAGAUAUGGAUAAUACUUCAUUUGUGGAAGCCUUGCUAGCUCGAGAGAACGAGAUGUUGCUUGAUGAGUUUCCUGAGUUUUUAGCUGAAUCGUUGUACUAGCUAGCUAGUAAAAGUUUUUAUUUUUCAUGCAGUUUUUUUAAAAGAAAAAAAAAAACAAAAACAAAUUGGUUACUAAAUGUUAACUUGAUGGAUUAUUAUAUGCAUUGCAAUCUAUUAAGAAUAAUAAAGAAGAUGAAUGAU